GGCGUGUAGUUCCAUUCCAUUCCACUUGUAAACCAUCCUGUUGCCGUCUCUCUCCUCUCUUUCUCUUUAUCUCUCUUUCUGCUUGAAAUUGUACCGACAUGGCUCCUACCAAAUGGGGUUUGUCUUCUUGACCGUACAAUUACAGACGCCUUAAUUCUCCUACUACUACUAUUACUACGUAUUACAACUACUUCUGGCUGCAGGAACUUCCCUUUAGAUUUUCAAGAAAAAGGUGUUAAUUGCUUUUGAGGUUUGCAUUUAUGACCAUCAUGCAUACUCUAUUUUCCUCCAAAGGAAAUGAAGGGAUUGUUCAGAAUCCUGUUGCAACAUUGUCCACUACUGUUCCUUGGUGGAGUAGUGGCCUUGUCUCUCAAUCUUCAUCGGCGGAACACUCUGAGUUGCCAAAGGGGAAUGCAACUGAGUUCACUAUUUUCUCUGUAUCUCCUUCAGGUGAUUGGAAAUCUUCAGGAUAUGGGCAAAACCAAUCAAACAUUCAGGCUGUUGCUAAUAUGGACUAUCGAGGUCAAUUUGAGCUAGGGUUUGGUCAGUCCCUGAUUUCUGCAAAAUAUCCUUACGGAGGAGAGCAAUCCGUCGGAUUAUUUUCAGCUUAUGGUCCUCAACUUUCGCGCAAUGUACAAAACUCAACAGUGAAUGGGGCACAAACUCUUUAUGUGAAUAUGGGCCGUGUUAUGCUGCCGUUGAAUUUGGCCUCUGAUGAAGGCCCGAUAUUCGUAAACGCCAAGCAGUAUCAUGGGAUACUGAGGCGUCGUAAGUCCCGGGCUAAGGAAAUGGAGAAAAAAGCUCUUAAACCACGCAAGCCAUACUUGCACCUCUCUCGCCAUCUCCAUGCAAUGCGCCGACCUAGGGGCUGUGGUGGCCGCUUCUUGAACACGAGGAAAAUGAAUGGAACUAUGAAAGGUGGAAAAACCACAGAUACAGUUAAGACGGGUGACGUUUACAGUUUUUACCCCAUUGGAUCCCAGAAUUCUGAAGUGCUGCAGUCUGAUAGUAGCAAUUUGAGCUCACCUAAAGAAACAACUGGCAGCAGGCUCUGCCAUUCAUCAGAGGUCACUAACAUGUACUCUAGGAGAAAUCUUGAUCCUUUUCCAUUUCAGGACCUGAGGCCUUCGGUCCAGCCAAUACCUGACAUGAUGAAUACUGGACAUGGUAUUCUCAUGGCCGGUAAGUGGGUUUCAGCAGCAGAUAGCUGCUGCAACCUCAAAGUUUGAUAGCCUUGGCUGAGAACGGGGUUAGGUGUCACAAGUUGUUCCUAACCUCGUCCUUGCUGCAACCUAAUGCAAAUUCAUCGGAAUUUGAUCUUACCAGCAUUUGGUUGCUUGAAGGCAGUCAUCCUUGGCUAUCAAUGGGGCAGUUCAUCCUUGGCUAGCGUUAAGGCUGCCUCUUAUCAUUCUAUUGCUAUCGAGCAACAUGGAUGGUAAGAGGCGCUCCUUAAUGCACUUUAAUUUUCAGCAUUUGUAGGAUAAAUAAACAUCUUUUGGAUAAGAUGAUGAAGACCCUGUCAAUCGGGGCUGUGAUGUUGCAAUGUGUUUGGAUUACUGUUGUGAUUUUUGUUUGUGAAAAUACAGUGAUGCAUGAUUGAACUUGAUCCAGAUAAUGUGCAAAUUGGUGUGUUUUCAGACUGGGACAAGUUAAAUGUUUAUACUGUAUUUUGUA